GUGCGACACUCGAACCUCUGAUAUCUGAGCUGGGGGCGAUUUAGCUGCCAUCAUCUCCCGCUGUACCCUGGGUGCCGAUCCAGCUUCCUCACACUCUCUUGAUCAGACAACGUUUGACGAGGACCAGAAAUGGCGGCCCCUGUGGUACUAAUGACACAACCUCAGCAAACCACGACUAUCAUCAAUACACAACCCAAAGGCUGGAACACCGGUAUUUUCGAAUGUUGUGAAGAUUGUGGGAUCUGUUGCUGUGCAUUCUGGUGUAUGCCUUGUUUCAUGUGCAAGACCGUGGAUCAGUUCGGGGAAUGUCUUUGCCUCCCAUUGCUGGACACCAGCUGCAAUGGCUGCGGUUAUGUCAACAUAGGAGCGAUUCCGCCUGUCUCCCUCUCAAUGCGAGUUGCCUUCCGCGAGAGACACGGAAUUCCGGGCUCCAUCUUUAACGACUGCUGCAUCAUGUAUUGGUGUAAUUCCUGUGGAUGGUGCCAGAUAGCGAGGGAGAUGAAAGCGCGCAAGAGCACCGUGACGGUGAUUAAUGCCAGCACGACCGUGCUGCCCCACCCGACCUACGUCCCCCAGCCCAACUAUGCCCCCCAGCCCAGCUAUGCCCCCCAGCCUGCCUACGCACCCCCUGCCAACCAAGUGGCACCGUACCCACCCAAAUGAAGCAGUCAAACCCAUCGCAGGGCACGGGAGUGACGUAGCAACGCACAGCAGAAAUACGGAGAAUGGUCCGCAGCAAAUAUCUGUCCUUCAGCAUCGAUGGGACAUUACCAUUCCUGUGUCAUAUCGAGGGUUACAGCUAGUGUCUUUCUGACGAUUUUGUCUGGUAAGUAUAGGGGCUCUCCUGAAAGGUCUGUCCAUCAGAUUUCUUUUAUUUUUCUUGUCAUCAUUCCCGGUCUCUUUCUUCAACGGGCCUUCAUGUUGUCCUGGUGUCUCUCAGUCCACUCUCUCUCCCUCUGUCUCAGGGAGAUAUCUGUACACUGACUGGUGUCCCUCAGUACCCUCUCCCGCUGUCUCAGGGAGAUAGCUGUACACUGACUGGUGUCUCUCAGUCCCCCCUCUGUCUCAGCGAGAUACCUGUACACUGACUGGUGUCCCUCAGUACCCGCUCCCUCUGUCUCAGGGAGAUACCUGUACACUGACUGGUGUCUCUCAGUACCCGCUCCCUCUGUCUCAGGGAGAUACCUGUACACUGACUGGUGUCCCUCAGUACCCGCUCCCUCUGUCUCAGGGAGAUACCUGUACACUGACUGGUGUCUCUCAGUACCCGCUCCCUCUGUCUCAGGGAGAUAUCUGUACAUUGACUGGUGUCUCUCAGUACCCGCUCCCUCUGUCUCAGGGAGAUAUCUGUACACUGACUGGUGUCUCUCAGCCCCUGCUCCCUCUGUCUCUCAGGGAGAUACCUGUACACUGACUGGUGUCUCUCAGUACCCCCUCUGUCUCAGGGAGAUAUCUGUACACUGACUGGUGUCUCUCAGUACCUGCUCCCUCUGUCUCAGGGAGAUAUCUGUACACUGACUGGUGUCUCUCAGUCCCCUGUCUUUCUCCCUCUCUCAGGGAGAUAUCUGUACACUGACUGGUGUCUCUCAGUACCCGCUCCCUCUGUCUCAGGGAGAUAUUUGUACACUGACUGGUGUCACUCAGUACUCGCUCCCUCUGUCUCAGGGAGAUAUCUAUACACUGACUGGUGUCUCUCAGUCCCUGCUCCCUCUGUCUCAGGGAGAUAUCUGUACACUGACUGGUGUCUCUCAGUACCCGCUCCCUCUGUCUCAGGGAGAUACCUGUACACUGACUGGUGUCUCUCAGUACCCGUUCCCUCUGUCUCAGGGAGAUAUCUGUACACUGACUGGUGUCUCUCAGUACCCGCUCCCUCUGUCUCAGGGAGAUACCUGUACACUGACUGGUGUCUCUCAGUCCCCUCUCUCAGGGAGACACCUGUACACUGACUGGUGUCUCUCAGUCCCCUCUCUCAGGGAGAUACCUGUACACUGACUGGUGUCUCUCAGUCCCCUCUCUCAGGGAGAUACCUGUACACUGACUGGUGUCUCUCAGUCCCCUCUCUCAGGGAGAUAUCUGUACACUGACUGGUGUCUCUCAGUCCCCUCUCUCAGGGAGAUACCUGUACACUGACUGGUGUCUCUCAGUCCCCUCUCUCAGGGAGAUAUCUGUACACUGACUGGUGUCUCUCAGUCCCCUCUCUCAGGGAGAUACCUGUACACUGACUGGUGCCUCUCAGUCCUCUCUCUCUCUCUCUUUCUCUCUCAGGAAGAUUUGCAUCUGUUAGGACUUUAUUGAAUUUAUUGAAUGUCUGAUCCACCUAUUGAAUGGCUCGGCCUCAGAGUUGUAUCUUUUGUACAUCUUUUAACAUGAUGAACGACUGAAAAUACGCCUGGUGAAACGAGACCAGGGAGAAGUUAAACUGUGCUUUCUUAAGCUUCUGUAGAGCAGUGAUUUAAUAAUCAGAUUUACUCGGCCUAUCUGGUAACGAAUCAACCAAAUAAAGGUGUUACAUGUCA